GAAUACUUUCUGUGGAAUUCCUGAAUCGAUGACGAAAGAACGUCUCUCUCCUUCCGGUUUCAGGGCACUGCGGCGGAUGUUGAUAUUCUGUUUUGGAGACCACAACCAGAGUUAGCUAGCGAGCUUUCGUCGUUGCCGGAGUUUUUUUUUGUUAGUUGUUGUUUGGUUGUUGUCUGACUUUUUUUUAAUCGUUUUUCAACCGGGGGAAGGAACCCAUUCCCCAAACGACGGCACCGUGUCUCUCCCGGCGCCUCACCGGGUAAACGCGAGGCCGAGUCGUGCGAUGAUGGAGGACUUCGACGAGAUCUACGAGGAGGAGGAGGAGGAAGAGGAGGACGAGGAGAGGGCCGCGGAGGAACAGCUGUUAAAAUACGCUCCAGACCCGGUGGUCGUCCGAGGAUCUGGCCACGUCACUGUGUUUGGACUCAGUAACAAGUUUGAGUCAGAGUUCCCAUCGGCACUUACAGGGAAGGUGGCGCCAGAGGAGUUCAAGGCCAGUAUAAACCGUGUUAACGGCUGUCUGAAGAAGACGCUGCCAGUGAAUGUGCGUUGGCUGCUGUGUGGCUGUCUCUGUUGCUGCUGUACACUGGGCUUCAGUCUCUGGCCCGUCAUCUGUCUGAGCAAAAGGACACAGAGAUCCAUGGAGAAGCUGUUGGAUUGGGAGAACAGCAGACUGUACCACAAGCUGUGUUUGCAUUGGAGGCUGAGCAAGAGGAAGUGUGAAACCAACAACAUGAUGGAAUAUGUAAUCCUGAUAGAGUUCCUACCCAAGAUCCCCAUUUUCAGACCGGACUAGCUCUCCGCGGCCCCACCCACAUCCUCCCGUGGUGCCUCUCUUCACUCGGCCCAGUCACCUCUCCAAAAUGGCCUCCUCUUUCCUCCCCUAACCAGGCCCAUACCCCUAAAACAACAACACCAUUUAGUGUUUACUGGACAUUAUCUAACUUCUCUAUCUAGCCCCUCUAUAUACCCAGAAAACACCUGUUUACACCCUAAAGCCCCUCCCCUUCUCUGAUGUCAACCUUCGACCCCUGAUCUGUUGGAGGAGACGUGGCCUUUUGACCCCCCCGGGGUGGCCAUGUUGACUGUCAUCGGUCUGUGGGUCAUCAUGGGAGACCCAGCUCAGAAAGGGUGUAAACGGUACCAUAGAACUGUGGAACUGGACUCCUAAUUUUGGACCUGCAAUGAUGGACCUCCUCUUCACAGCCCUUCCCUGUACACGAGGCACAAUCUUUACUCAGAUUUAUACCCCCGUUAUGUUGUACCCCAACCUGAACUAUGAGACACUGUUGGAACAGUUGAUAUUAUACUCUGUUCUAGAACCUCUAUGGAACCGCUGAGGUGACAAUCAAUGGAUUAGCUACGGAACUACUACAGAACUUCAAUGGAACUAAUAUAGAACAUUGACAGAACUUCAAUGGAUUAGCAAACGGAACAGCUAUGGAACUGGCAGAACAUCAUUAGAACAGCGAUGGAACUGACAGAACAUCAUUAGAACAGCUAUGGAACUCCCAACGGAAUGUCAUUGGGCUCCCGAGUGGCGCGGUGUUCCAAGACACUGCAUCUCAGUGCAAGAGGCGUCACUGGUUCGAAUCCAGGCUGUAUCACAUCCGGCCGUGAUUGGGAGUCCCAUAGGGCGGCGCACAAUUGGCCCAGCGUCGUCCGGGUUUGGCCGGGGUAGGCCGUCAUUGUAAAUAAUAAUUUGUUCUUUAAAUGACUUGCCUAGUUAAAUAAAGGUUAAAUACAAAUGGAACAUUGGUAGAACAGUUGUGGAACUUGCAGCAUCAUUCGCCUUUUGACUGGUCAUAGUAUCGGUAGUGAACAGCCAAACUAACCACAGUGGAUCAGUAGAGAGAACAGCCAAACUAACCACAGUGGAUCAGAAGAGAGAACAGCCAAACUAACCACAGUGGAUCAGUAGAGAGAACAGCUAAACUAACCACAGUGGAUCAGUAGAGAGAACAGCCAAACUAACCACAGUGGAUCAGUAGAGAGAACAGCCAAACUAACCACAGUGGAUCAGUAGAGAGAACAGCCAAACUAACCACAGUGGAUCAGUAGAGAGAACAGCCAAACUAACCACAGUGGAUCAGUAGAGAGAACAGCCAAACUAACCACAGUGGAUCAGUAGAGAGAACAGCCAAACUAACCACAGUGGAUCAGUAGAGAGAACAGCCAAACUAACCACAGUGGAUUAGUAGAGAGAACAGCCAAACUAACCACAGUGGGUCAGUAGAGAGAACAGCCAAACUAACCACAGUGGAUCAGUAGAGAGAACAGCCAAACUAACCACAGUAGAUCGGUAGAGAACAGCCAAACUAACCACAGUGGGUCAGUAGAGAGAACAGCCAAACUAACCACAGUGGAUCAGUAGAGAGAACAGCCAAACUAACCACAGUAGAUUAGUAGAGAGAACAGCCAAACUAACCACAGUAGGUCAGUUGAGAGAACAGCCAAACUAACCACAGUGGAUCAGUAGAGAGAACAGCCAAACUAACCACAGUAGAUCGGUAGAGAACAGCCAAACUAACCACAGUGGGUCAGUAGAGAGAACAGCCAAACUAACCACAGUGGAUCAGUAGAGAGAACAGCCAAACUAACCACCGUGGAUCAGUAGAGAGAACAGCCAAACUAACCACAGUAGGUCAGUUGAGAGAACAGCCAAACUAACCACAGUGGUCAGUAGAGAGAACAGCCAAACUAACCACAGUGGGUCAGUAGAGAGAACAGCCAAACUAACCACAGUAGGUCGGUAGAGAACACCCAAACUAACCACAGUGGAUCAGUAGAGAGAACAGCCAAACUAACCACAGUAGAUCGGUAGAGAGAACAGCUAAACUAACCACAGUGGAUCAGUAGAGAGAAUAGCCAAACUAACCACAGUGGAUCAGUAGAGAGAACAGCCAAACUAACCACAGUGGGUCAGUAGAGAGAACAGCCAAACUAAACACAGUGGGUCAGUAGAGAGAACAGCCAAACUAACCACAGUGGGUCAGUAGAGAGAACAGCCAAACUAACCACAGUGGAUCAGUAGAGAGAACAGCCAAACUACUUUAGACCAGAGCCCUAUUCCCUAUGUAGUGCACUACUUUAGACCAGAGCCCUAUUCCCUAUGUAGUGCACUACUUUAGACCAGAGCCCUAUUCCCUAUGUAGUGCACUAAUUUAGACCAGGGCCCAUAGGGCUCUGUAUAGGGAAUAGGAUGCAAUUUGGGACAGCUUUGGCUGAUUAGUAAAGGUCAAGGGUCAUGCUCAGGGGGUUACCAUGGAGAUAGAGGAAUAUGUAGAAUUAAAACGGAAUGGCCAAACCUACUCCUGGAGAGAUGCUACUGGCCGUGCAGGCUUUUACUCCGACCCUGCUCUAACACACCUGAUUCUACUAAUCAGUCUAAUCAGAACCUUGACUGGCAGAAUGAGGUGUGUUAGAGCAGGGCUGAAGCAAAAGCCUGCAGACCCAGUAGCUCUCUGGGAGGAGGGUUGAUAUCACCAAGACCACUUUAGGUUCAUACGGCAUCAACUAGCUUUCUGAUUGGUUACCUGUGUGUGUAGUUUAACUGUUAUCUCAGUCCAUGAUUGGAUCUUGGUCACUCCUUUUUAUAUUCUUUGUCUGGUAUUUCUGAACAGGUGUGUUAUGAUCCUAGCAGACGUGUGUGGAUGAAUGAUCACGUAACGUCUGUGUGUGUGUUUUACGGAUGUGAAAUAGCUAGCUAGUUAGCGGCGCGCGCUAAAUAGCGAUUCAAUCGAUGACGUCACUUGCUCAAAGAAUUGCAGCCCAGUCAGAUCGGGGGUGUAUUUAUUAGUCGACCACCGUAGCAUAACGUUUUGCAACAACAAAAAAACAAGUGUUGGUUGAGUAGGAGUCCUGAGCUAGGAUCAGGUCUGUUUCCUAGUGAAUACACCCCAUGGUGUUCAAUUGGAGUGUUACUGUCCCCAUUCUACCAUUAGGUUGGUACUCCCAACACUGUUGCUAUCCAUUCUACCAUUAGGUUGGUACCCCAACACUGUUACUGUCCAUUCUACCAUUAGGUUGGUACUCCAACACUGAUCUGAAGCUGUGACCAAAGAUUGGGGUCCAUCUCCCCAAGAAGGUUGAUCAUCCUGGAACACGACUCAGUUCCUUUUCUCAACACCAUAUCGAUGAUGUCACGUGCCUUCUCUGCCCUCUCAGCAAUCCCCUUCACUGACUCCAUGUCCUCCUGGUUGAUGACUGUGUGUUGCAGGAGUCUGUCCAGCAGUUCAUUCAGGACAGGUCCUGAUACUCGUUUCACAAACUCUGUCCGUACAGAACGCAGCUGCUGCUCUGCAGAACCAGUCAGACUGCUCUCAGCCGGACCUCCUGCCCCCGACACAGCACCUGAGACAGUCAGGUUACAAAAUAACUACAUUUGAGUCAUUUUAGAAGCAGACACUUUCCUCCUUAAAUAAAAGAGACCUGAAAUAACAA